AUGCAAAUCUUCGUGAAGACUCUCACCGGCAAGACCAUCACUCUUGAGGUUGAGAGCAGCGAUACCAUCGACAAUGUUAAGGCCAAGAUUCAUGACAAGGAGGGUAUCCCUCCUGACCAGCAGCGUCUGAUUUUCGCCGGCAAGCAACUGGAGGAUGGCCGUACCCUUGCGGACUACAACAUCCAGAAGGAGUCUACUCUCCACCUGGUUCUUCGGCUCCGUGGUGGCAUGCAGAUUUUUGUGAAGACUCUCACCGGCAAGACCAUCACCUUGGAGGUCGAGAGCAGCGAUACGAUUGACAACGUGAAGGCGAAGAUUCAGGAUAAGGAGGGGAUCCCCCCUGACCAGCAGCGUCUGAUUUUCGCCGGCAAGCAGCUGGAGGAUGGCCGUACCCUUGCGGACUACAACAUCCAGAAGGAGUCUACUCUUCACCUGGUGCUUCGGCUUCGUGGUGGCAUGCAGAUUUUUGUGAAGACUCUCACCGGCAAGACCAUCACCUUGGAGGUCGAGAGCAGCGACACCAUCGACAACGUGAAGGCGAAAAUUCAGGAUAAGGAGGGCAUCCCUCCUGACCAGCAGCGUCUGAUUUUCGCCGGCAAGCAGCUCGAGGAUGGCCGCACUCUGGCUGACUAUAACAUCCAGAAGGAGUCGACCCUGCACCUGGUGCUUCGCCUUCGUGGUGGUAUGCAGAUUUUCGUCAAGACCCUCACGGGGAAGACCAUUACGCUCGAGGUUGAGAGCAGCGACACCAUUGACAACGUCAAGGCUAAGAUUCAGGACAAGGAGGGUAUCCCCCCUGACCAGCAGCGUCUGAUUUUUGCUGGCAAGCAGCUCGAGGAUGGUCGCACCUUGGCCGAUUACAACAUCCAGAAGGAGUCUACUCUCCAUCUGGUGCUUCGCCUCCGUGGUGGUCAGUAG